ACCAGUGUCCCGCAGUUCAGCAUAAUCGAAUCCGCCCAAUGUUGCUCUCAAUCGGCUCACGGCCUUUUGCCCCAUUGAACCACGCGCAUUGUUUUUGUGACGUGAUCGCAUCAGUCGUCUAUAGGUCCGUCGAAGAAAGUUUCUGGUUAGAAAUGUGGCUUGAUUAGUAUAUUUCCAAGAUAUAGCUAGGCUACGUACAGUAAUUCCCUUGAUCGCGGGUGAUCAACUUCGAAGAAAGAAAACACUUUGGAAUGUAUCGUCAGCAUGCAAAGUCUUUGACCCCAGGUGUGAAGCAGCUAGCUGACCUAGCUGAACGCUAGGUGGGCCUACGUUUUGGGGAAAAUGCUCUCCAGCGCUGAGGUGCCCCCAAAUCGCCCGGUUACCAGCAACCACCACAACAGUCCCGGAAACUCAGGUUCCCAGUAUGCCUUGUGUGCCCUGGGGGUGGGACUGGUGGCCCUGGGCAUUGUCAUGAUCGUAUGGAGUGUGGUGCCCUCCGACAUGGCCGGGAACAACAGCAGUGGCACCGGAGGAGGGAACCCGAAACCGGACACCAGGGGGAGGACUUCAUCGGUGGCCUUUGUACUGGUCGGGGCUGGAGUGGCCAUGCUCCUGCUGUCCCUGUGCCUGGGGAUGAGGAACAAGCAGCGGGAGCAGCAGGUGCUCCUAGAGGCCCAGACUCUGGGGGCAGGCAACGUAGCUACCAGUGAGGACGACGGAGAGACGGCAGAGGAGCGAGCCCAGAGGUACACUGUGCCCAGCUACGAGGAGGUGGUAGGCAGCGGCGAGUACCCCAUACGCCAGAGCAACUUGCGCCACAGCUCCUCCCAGCUGCCCUCCUACGACGACCUGCUGGACGGUGUGCAGAUGGAGCUGGAAGGGUCAGAUGUCACCCAGACGUCACCCGCUUCCGCUAACCCUGCCUCCUCUGCUGUGCCUAACCGCCGCACUGGGCGAACGGGCCUCAAGCUCCUUCCUCUUAAGAUCCGGAGGAUUAAAUCGGAGAAGCUCUUUAUGAAUAACACGGAUAACUCUCAGCCACCGGGAGGGAUCACUAUUGAGCCGCUCACUCCGCCACCAAUGUAUGAGGACAAAGCACCCCCGCUCUGAGACUUGGCACCUUCUAGGUUUCAAAGCAGGUUACUGAGGCCACUGUGUCCCACUAGGCGUGAAUUGGUGGUGCAGUGCUACUAUAGAUGUGAUCAGAUGGCCCUUGUCAUGCAUCUGUGGAUAAAUCAUCUCGAUGGCACUUGUCAUGCCUACCUGGCUGAGGACUUUUCUUUAGACCUGCACUGGCAUUUGAGUAGAUCUUUGGGGCAACUCUAAUGUUGCUGGACAGAGGGAACACCUGGACAGAGAGUACACAUCCAAUUUCCGACUAUGAUUACAAGGACAUUGAAGCUUGGUUCAAAGGAUCAAUAGUAUUGGGGGAAAUUCUCGGCAUGUCUUUGAUGCCUUUUAUUCCUUUACCACGAGUACUAACUCUGGUCCAAAUCUUCUUUGUAUGCAGAUGACCAUAUUUUAUUUUCCUCUGUCUGCUAUAUUAUUUAAAGUUCCGUCUUCAUCCUCAGUCUAGUCGUGUUAUAGAUGUAUUAUUCAUGUCUUGAGUUUUGUAUUCUGUACAGCUACUUAGACAGCUGCUCCUCACAUUUUGGGAGAAGUGCUAUUUGGCGACUGACUCAAUGGCCACCUUACUCAGACAGUGUUUGUGUGUUGCUGCCUGGGUUGCUCGUCAAUAGAGGACAAUUGAGAGAGACCGAGGCUCAUGGGUAGUUAGAAGCCUUUGCCCUGUAGCCAUGGUGAAAUGGGGUUGGGCUCUGAAGGCAGUAGUGUAGUCCAGCUCUUUUCCUUUUUUUUUUUUUUGCUCAAUAGAGGAGAACACAAGGGGGACUUUCUCUGAGCAGCUGGGAGCUGGGAUAAUGGCACCCAUUGCUCACUCACUCAUCACUCUUGAACUAUUCUUCACUAGCUCCUUGACUGGCAGCACUUUCAUUAGGAGUAUUCAGAGAAUGAACUUCUGGUGUCCAUGGUUUGACCCCCAUUUUUGUUUAGUGGAGCGAAAAUGCAUCAGUACCUUUUCUCUCUCCAGCCUGUUUGUUUUAUGCUUAUGAGAGUAUGGAAAUUAGCGAGUCCAUGAAGUGUUUGGAAGUUAAGAAUGUUAUUUUCUUAUCAUACGGAUACUAUUUUCUGAUGUCAUGUUGAUGAACCUGUUCAACAACUAUUCACUACUUUUUAGAUGGGAACACAAACUGUACACAAUAGUAGCCUUUUUUGUGUAACUGAACACUUAAUAAACUAGCAAAUGCAUACCUAUGCACACAGAA